AUUUGUCUAUUCUUUCCUUAUUUCCUUUUUAGUAUAAGUAGUCAUUAAUUUAGUUUCUAGCUAUAGUUUUAUUUGUGUCGCCGAUAAAUUUGUUUGGUUAGUCCUCUAUCGCGAGAUUUUAAACUAAUGGUUCUUCCUUUUGUAUCUGUUGCUUUGUUAGUACUUAAGUACUAACGAGGGGUGUCGGAAUCUGUUAGAAUCCUGUAAAGUGAAUAACCACGGGUGAAAAUAAAGGUAGCAUUUUAUUUGUAAUUUUGCCUAUAUCUUUGUUAUAUCACACUCACCACGUGCUUAUCACUACAGAUCAUCGCUAGAAUAAUAUAGUUUUUUUAUUUAUUCGGUAAUUAAUUUAUUAAUUAUUAUAUGGAAUAUGUUAUUUUUAUGUAUUUAUAGGUAUUUUUCGGAUUAAAAUCAUUUUUGGCCAUGGAUAAUUGGCUGAACUUAAGUAAGAAAGAUAAUGAUGCAGAAGACAGUGCUACAAAGUCUCCUCAAGCAGGACUUAUUAUUCACAAACAGUCAUCUAAUCUACGAAAAAGAAAAUAUAAUGAGUCUUUUCUUCAAUUUGGCUUUACAUUUAAAAAUCAUAAUGGUAAUGAACAACCUUUUUGUUUGAUCUGCAAUGAAUUAUUAGCUACAGAGAGUAUGAAACCAUCAAAAUUGAAAAGACAUCUUGAAUCAAAGCAUACUUCGUAUGCCAAUAAACCAAAAGAAUAUUUUGAAAGAUUGUUAAAAUCUUUAAAUAAAGAUAUAAAAUCUUUUGAAGAAUUUACGACCAUUAAUGAAAAAUAUUUACUCGCGUCAUAUGAAGUUUCAUACUGUAUUGCUAAAAAUAAAAAGCCUUUCACCAUUGGAGAAGAUCUUGUAUUACCUGCUGCCAUUAAAAUGGUAGAAAUACUACAUGGAAGUAAAUAUAGCAAUGAUAUUCGAAAAAUUCCUUUGUCAAACGACACUGUCGCGAAUAGAAUUUCUGAAAUAAGCAAUGAUCAAUUAGUGCAACUUAUUACAAGAAUUAAAGAAAGCCCAAAAUUUUCAAUUCAGUUGGACGAAACAACUGAUAUUACCAAAUUAGCUCAGUUGUUAGUAUAUGUCAGAUACGUUUAUAAAGAAAACAUCGAGGAAGAAUUGUUAUUUUGUCGUCCUUUGAAAGACCGUACUAGAGGGAAAGACAUAUAUUGUAAAGUUGACGAAUUUUUAAAAACUGAAGGGUUAGAAUGGAAAAAUUGCUGUGGAGUAUGCACAGAUGGCGCUAAAGCAAUGACGGGCCAAAAUAAUAGUUUUAAAUCAUUUUUUAAAGCUGCUCAUUAUGAUCAUAUAACUUUUACUCACUGUCUUAUUCAUCAGGAGGCCCUCACAGCAAAAAAAUUAGCACCAGAAUUGAACGAUGUGCUUCAAGAUGCUGUUAAGAUUAUAAAUUUUAUUAAAAGCCAUGCCCUUAACAGCCGCUUAUUUUCAAAUCUCUGUAAAGAUGCGGAUUCCCACUACACAAAUUUAUUACUACAUGCAGAAGUAAGAUGGAUAUCAAGAGGUCAAAGUUUAAGAAGAUUAUUGUUAUUAAAGGACGAAAUCGAAAUAUUUUUAACCGAACAAAAAUGUGAUCUCGCUACUUAUUUUCAAAAUGACCUAUGGCUAUCAAAGUUGUGUUAUCUGUCAGAUAUUUUUGAGAAAGUAAACGAUCUUAACUUGUCUCUUCAAGGAAAAAAUUGCAAUAUAUUUACUUCGAAUGAUAAAAUUGAAAGUUUUAUUAAAAAGAUCAAAAUUUGGCAAAGUAGGGUAGAAAAAAAUUCUUUCGAAAUGUUUUCAAGUAUCGACAAUUUUAUAUCCGAGAAAAAUCAUUGUAAAACUUUUAUCGCAAAAAUUAUUAUAGGUCACUUAAAAGCGCUAGAAACACAGUUUCGUAAAUAUUUUAAAUCAAAUAUUGAUUUUAAAAGUUUAUCUUGGAUUCAAAAACCAUUUUUGAUUGGUUUGGAUGAGAUUGAUCACCUGCCAUAUAAAGCUCAAGAAGAAUUUGCCGAGCUUUCGAGUGACUCAAACUUAAAAGUAGAUUUUUCAAAAAAGCCGUUAACUGAAUUCUGGAUAAGAACUAGAACCGAAUUUCCCACAAUCUCUAAUAUGGCGUUAAAUGUUCUUCUACCAUUCAACACCACAUAUUUAUGUGAAAUUACUUUUUCAGCUUUAACACAUAUCAAAUCCCAAUAUCGUUCAUCGCUAAAUAAUGUUGAAGAGAUUUUACGUCCAGCUGUGUCAAACAUUGCACCAAGAUUUAGUUUGUUAUGCAGUAAAAAGCAAGCACAUCCGUCUCAUUAAAAAACAAUUUCCCUUUAAUUUUUGUAUACUUAAACCAUUUAACGGCUGCGCUAUAUAUGCUGGUAUAUUUUGCCCAAUAUUCUCUUCUAUUUAUGUUAUUGCAAAAAAUGCAAUUUUGAUGAAAAAUAGGGUAUGUAAUUUUUGUAACUAUAAUAAAUACAAUUUUACAACUUUUCGUGCAAUUUUUAAUUUUAUAUUUUC